GUGCCAAGCCCUUAAAAGAGCCAUGAUCCAUGGGGAGGAGGCAUACGACCCAAAACAGGAAACGUUCCUGAGAACCACGCAGUCCAGAGCAUUGGCUAGGAGACAUCGAGGGAAUAAGGCGCGUCUCAGGAUCAAUCAGCAGAUUCUGGCCAAGGACGAGGUGAUUCGAGCAAAGGACGCGGUCAUUGCAGCCAAAGACGACGCGAUUGCUCAAAAGGACUUGGCCCUCAAAGCUGAACGCGAAUUAAGAGAGCACCUCCAAAGGCAGCUCAAAAUUACAACCGCAGGCGUCAUCAAGAAAUCAGGCCUCGCCAACUUCAAGUCUGCCAGCAGUCAGGCGCAAGAAUUCGCCACCCCUAAAGUCCAUCAAAGAGCACUGGCGGCUUCUUCGGUCCCUGUUGGUCGUGAUCAUGAGAAUGUCCUGACAGAGAAGCGUGUCCGUAAGCAGCAUCAGCAAUCAACUUUGUUCACACGACGACCCUCCGCCAACAAUCUCAGAUCGAUGGUGUCCAUCGCUAGCGCACAAGCCAACUACACCCCGCACACAGUCAGCACUGCUGCUGACAUUCCGACCAGGGAUAGCACAAGUCCUGUGUUACAGGAACUGGAAAAUUACGUCGAAAGAUUAUCCUUCCUCAAGGACGCUGAGGUCGGAGGUCUCAAAAAAAAACAGUAACCUAAAAAUUUUCGUUCAGCGAUGUUUCAGAGUCAAAAGAAAAUACUAAUCCGCUUAUCCGGGGAACUGAAAAAUCCAUGAAGGC